AUGAACCGAGGCCGCAUCAACAACAACAACAACGACGAGAGGGGUCGUCGUGGUCGUAGAGGCCAUGGUCCUAGCCAUCGCCAGAGCCAGAGAGACGAACGCAGUGGCAGCGCUGCCGCGACCCCCGACCAGCGACAACGUUCUGCAUCGCCUCGUCCCGCCAGCCAAGCCCAACCUCGACAGGGUGGCCGAGAGUACAUCGUCGAGAUCUUUGACAGAAUCAAUGACGUAUCCGCUGGCCGUGUCAGCGUCGGUCAGAUGGACAUCCGCGAGCAGAUUGCGGGUAUCUAUGGUGCUGUGGACGUCCGCGCCCGAGACGCGGGCGACAUCAGGAGAACGGCGGAGCAGGUCAUGAGGGAGACAGGCACCUCCUCCGUGCGUAUCAUUCUCCUCCCCGUCGACGAGAACGACCGACCUGGCAAUGUGGUCAGAACCUCCGUUUCGGAUGCCGGACAAAUCCAGCCGGCUAGACGUCCAACCCUCUCUGCCUCUGGUGCCGAGCCCAUGGAAACACGCAACACCGAGGCCCAUGACGACGACGACGACGACGACGACGAUGACAUGGUUCCUGAGAACGUCGCGGAUAGUCGCAACGGCAGAGCGUAA